CUGAGUGCGGAGAGAGCUCAGAUCCCAACGCACCCCAGUUUUGGGUCCCCCUCUUUUCUAAGCCAGCUGGUCUGGCUUAAUGUCAUCUCUUUCUUUAUUUUUCUUUUCUUUUUUAAAAGAUCUUUUUCUUGUUUGACACAAGGGAUUGACUGAACUGACCCACAGCUGGAGCUGCUUGGGAACCUUCCAGGUGAAGACAGAACUAAAAGCACUGGUGCUCGUGGAGCAGAGGCGCGCGCUCAGGAGGAGACUCGCUGAUGGAGUGAACCGCAGGACGGAGAGACACCGGAGAAAGUCACGGAACACACGCGGGACUGAGAGAGGACCCAGCCAGCAGUUUGGAAUUGAUAGUGAGAAACCUUGAGGACCUGUGAGUCAAACAAAGGAACCAGAGAAGGAGACGUUUCUGUAUAAGACGAAAAGCAACAGGAUAAAUAACGAAGAUGGGGAGAAAAAAGAUUCAGAUAGCCCGGAUAAUGGAUGAACGGAACCGACAUGUCACAUUCACCAAGCGCAAGUUUGGUCUAAUGAAGAAAGCAUAUGAACUGAGCGUGUUGUGCGACUGUGAGAUUGCACUCAUCAUCUUCAACAGCACCAACAAGUUGUUUCAGUACGCCAGCACCGACAUGGACAAAGUUCUGCUCAAAUACACAGAAUACAACGAGCCCCACGAGAGCAGGACCAACUCGGAUAUUGUGGAUACACUGCGUAAAAAGGGUUUAAACGGCUGCGACAGUCCCGACAUUGAAGCAGAUGACUCUGCUGGUCAGAGCCCAGAGUCAGACGAUAAAUACCGCAAAAUCAAUGAUGACAUCGACCUAAUGAUCAACAGACAGAGAAUCUGUCAGGGUCUGCCUCCCUCCAACUAUGACAUGGGAGUGUCCAUCCCAGGCAGUAAUGCCAGCGGACUGAUGUACUCCCACCCAAGCAUAGGAGGUGGUCUAGAUAACCACAAUCUGCUGCCCAUGUCACACACACACCCCUCCCUACAGAGAAACAGCAUGUCCCCUCAGCGGCCCUCUAGCACUGGAAAUGCAGGACUGAUGGGCUCAGAGCUGACGAGCAGUGUGGUCUCCAGUGUGGGAAAUGGCAGCUACAGCAACCACUGCACCUCCCCAGGGCUGCUGUCCUCAGGAGGAGUCUCCAAAAACAUGCAGAAUAAAAGCCCUCCUUCGAUGAGCAUGAGCCGUAAGCCUGAACUCCGAACGCUGAUGCCGCCCUCCAACAAAUGCAACAACAUGCCAUCUGUCAGCCAGAGAAUAAUUCACUCUCAGACUGCUCAGACGCUGUCGACUCCUGCAGUGUCCAUCUCUGCUCAGACUCUUCCUGGACAGGGGAUGGGCGGAUAUCCAUCAACACUCAGCUCUUCUUAUGGCACAGAGUUCUCUCUCGGAACUGACCUUUCCUCUCUGUCUGGAUUUUGUGGUUCUGGUCUUGGAUCCAUGACAAGCUGGCAGCAUCAGCAGAUACAGAACCUGCAGCAUCCAGCACUUGGACACAUGGGAAACUUGUGUCAGAACUCCAACCUAAACCUCACCUCAGGUCAUCAGAACCUACACAUCAAGUGUGAGCCAGCUUCUCCUCCCAGAGACCGGAGUGUUGCCAUGGUCGGCACAGGACUCGGAGGAGGCGUGACCACGGCUGGAUACUCUACCUCUGGCAGGGGUCCCAACGAAUCGGGCCACUCCCCCGGUGACAGCGCAUCCAGCUGUGGGAGCUCGUAUGAAGGCAGCGAGGAGCGUGAGGAUUAUCACGGCAGUGAUGGCUUCCUACUCCGACCUCUGUCCAGUCAGGAGGAGCGCCACAGCCCCUCAGUCAAACGGAUGAGGCUAUCAGAGGGCUGGGCGACAUGAUUGGGGCCGGUCUACAACCAGAGGGGAAGGGAUGUUAGUAAAGUUACCUUAUAGUGUUAUUAUUAUUAUUAUAAUCAAAUUCUUAUUGUACCGAGUGGGUGUGCUAUAUGUGUAAUGGUAAGAUGUAUGUAAGGGGGGGGGGGGCAGAGUCAGACAGUCUUACAGUGAUGCUCUGCUGUAUUAACAACUUGUUCUGUAGCUAGACUUGUACACUAGAGCCAUGACUCCUGGAUGAUCACAACUGGUGAACAGAACUUGUAAGAUAUGGUUUUUAUACUUUGAAAGCUGUGUCAAAAACAUCUCAUCUAAAAGGAAGGUUAAGGGGACUGUUCUUAGUGGAGUUAAAGGGUGAAAUUUUAGGGAUUUUAGUGCAAUGAUAGAAAUAAUGAAAAAAAGAAUUUUAUAACAUCCACAGCCCGACAAAUGAAUUAUGUUUUGGAAAUGUGCAUUAAUCCAAGAAUACGAGAUACAAACACAAAAAGUCAAACAUCAACAGAUGCAGAUCAUGAUUUGUAUUCCAAAUAACUAAACCUAUUAGUAAACCACUUUAAGGCCAUGAUUAAUGUGAUGCUUAUUAUGCAGGGCCUGUUAAGGAAUAGCGACGUUUGCCUGCUUUAGUGCAUUGAAGAGAAUGAGUAAUCGGUAUAAAUACACUGAAUUUAAUUUAAAGCAAAGUGGGUAAUUUCUCCUUAGAGGUUUUUGACACAGUCUGUUAGUGUGGCUGUUCUACAGACUAUUUCUCACAUGCUUUACACAAACAGUGUGAUGCAGGAUGUCAUUUUACACCAACAUGUACUGAUUUGGCGGGAAGGGCUGAUGGUAUAUAUGCAAUGUUGGCUUUGUGUGUGUUUGGGGGUCAGGUGUGUGGGGGGGGGGGGUAGUAAAGUAAAUAGCAAGUCAGUUUAAUGCACAUUCACAGAUGUGCACAUGUAUGCAAACUAACAAAGGUAAAGUGAAUAAGUCUGGUACUCUGAACGGUGAAUCUACUUAAUGAGAUGUGGAUCAUUGGAGCCAUGAGAGCAGGCGUGCUGAGGUGAAGCGCUUUGCGUCACCACCGCUAACAUGCCGUGUUGCAGGUUCAACAUUUGUGCACACACAGAAACCUAAAGAAACAUUUCUAAAAAGUAUGGAAGGUAAAUUCUGGCAAAUAAAAGAGGUAGAAAGAGAGAGCUUGAGUAGGUACAGUACGAGAGAAAGGGAGGUGGAGAAAUGUAGAGGUGUAAGAGAAAUGUUGACUGAGGAUGAUAAGAAACUUAUUUGCAGCAGGUUGCAUAGAAAGGAAGCUUUGAUGUGAAGAGACAAAUCAGAGUUAGUAAGUAGUUUUCAGAGCACUGUUAGAAAAAAAAGGGGAUAUUUUUUUUUAGGAUUUUGGUCGAUGCAAUCCAAAAAAAAAACGUAUGGAAUCAAAAGCAAAAUUGAAUCUUACCGAGGAACUGAAAAGUAACCACUACUUAAUACUUACUUGUUCAUUUUAAAAUAUAUGUAUUUGCACUUCAGAUCUGGCUCACAUGCUGUGAAGGAGAAAUAGGACAUUUUUUACUAACUAAAUACACCAAUGAAUAAUCAGAGAUUUAGAACUUCAAAACAAAAUAAAAGUGGUCAGGAUUGAAAAAAGGGAAGUUACAUUUUAAGAUGUUUGUUAAGUAAUCGAAGAUAAGUAAUCAUAAAGUUAUCAAAUUGAAUUGCAUUUAAAUGAUCUGUAUGAAUUCACAUUGUUUCAUAAUCUGCAUCUGAAAUUAAAUUUUAAAACUAACUCAAAUUGACUAAUUGACCAAAUCUUCUCAGCUCUGCAAAUGCUAAAAUUGAAGAUAACAUUUAAAAUUUUCUUUGACCGAUCUGAAUAUUUAAUGAAAUGGAAUUAAAAUUGUAAGUAUUCUAUAGUGGUUACAGGUCACAAUUUGGUAAUCAUUUGUCUAGAAAAUGUAUAUGGCUUCUCUUGCUUCCAUACACCACAACCUGCAUAAUGUUCAUUAAAAAUCAACAGCGUCUGUUGGUUUAUGUAAUGACUGGAGUGGUGAAUUUCACAGAGAGGAAGUUUAACCUCUUUUUAGUCACACUAAAAGCCAUAUACAACUCGACAACGCUGUUACACUGCACAAACUUUAUUGUGUUGGUUUUAAAAAGAGAGCUUCCUUCCUUACAUCGAAUUGAUAUUUUUGUAUUUGUGCAGCUUUAUUUAAUUUGAUAACAAUAUACCAACUUGAAGAACAGGUGCAAACAAUUUCUAACAAAGAUACUGGGAGAUUUUAAGUUAGUUGUAAAGUGAAGUAAAGAUCCCCUUUAAAAUCCGCUGUGGAGCUGGUGUCAGAGCCAACAUCAUCUCACAGAGCACAGAAGACAAUCUGCCCUUCUACACGUCACCAUUACAUCUGCAGUGGUGGAAGAGAUACUCAAGUAAAAACACCAGUGCAACAGGAGUCAUGUUUUUAAAAUCCUACUCAAGAAUAAGUUCUGUAUUGUCAGACAUGAGUAAACAGUUACUUACACCACUGCAUGUUGAAAUGACAUAUAUCAAUAAUCUGUGCCUUGUACCUCAACAUGGUCUGACACCAGUCGCAGCAGGAUGAACAGUAGUUUAGGCUCUGAUAUCCACAUUUUUGUACUUUUAAAGUGACGGAAGUGGCUAAGGGUUGUUCACAUUUGAAUCUUUUGGUUUAAGAGCUGUAUAUUUUGGAGCACAAACCCUCAACCCUGCACUCUGCACUCCACGUACUCAGUUUAAUGUAAAUCCAGUGGCUAAAUUCACUCAUUCAAAUCCCUUAAGCUGUUCUAGUUUGAAAGACGCUGCUGUUGAGUUACAAACUACUUUAUGAUGCUGUUUAAAAAAAAAAAAAAAUUAAAAAACAAGGGCAGAGCCCAGAUGUAUUUCCUCCUGCACUCCUUUUCUUCUAUGAUGACUGGAGUCUUUGGGUUGGUCGGCUUCCUUAUUACUGCACCACACCUGACUUAGCCUAACCUAGCUCAUUGAGGGACAGGGCCAGGAGCUCGUCCUCAGGCUUCAGGUUGAGUGGAUGGGUGGAGGAGCACGUAGAGCGAUUGUAAACUAACCAAAGUGUGAAAUUCCCUGUAUGUGUUUUUGGUUUGAUUUCUUUAAUCCGUAACUGCCUGGACUUUGUCAAAUCCGUGCUUAAAAAACCCUAAUGAUAUGAUUUGAAGUUACUUUUAUUUGGUGAUGUCACUGAAUGUCCUCUGUACUUUAAAUGUACACCCUGGGCUGCAUUUCCCCUUCUUUACACGCACAAGUUCUUGAGUAACUGCAAGUAAAAUACUCUAAGAGAUCGUUAGCGGCAUAAGCUGGCCUUUGUCGCCACUUGGAGACAUUGAUUCUCAGAAGAGAAAUACAGUGCACCUCUGUUGUCGCAGAUCAUGUACAGUGGUUCCCUCACUCAGAAAAUUGUUGUAUUUGUAUUUUGCAGGAAAAAUAAAACUUUAAAUAUACAGGCUC